AUGGAUUGUGCAUUGUCACAGGACGUGAAUGCAGCAGUUAGUGCUUCACCAGAACCAAGAAAACCGCUGACGAUGCAAGAACCUCCACACCACGUCGAGUUCAGUAACGAUACCGGAGUUAUUCUCAGUUGCAGCACUAGUAGAGGAGAUUUUCAAAUGGACUGGUUACAAUCAGACAAUACACCAGUGGCAUCACUGACCGGACUCCGGCAGAUCCUGAAAAACGGCUCCCUGGAGAUACUUCCCUUCACAGCGGAACUGUAUCGGCACGAUGUCCAUGCGACCGUCUACAGAUGCAGGAUGCGGUCCAGUGCUGGGUAUAUUGCGAUGUCCAAGAACAUACAUGUGCACGCAGCUCUUAGCUCACCAUGGGAGGUUCACGUGCCGGACGAAUACGUGAUAGCUGGUAACGCGGUGGUGCUGAGAUGUGUGGUCCCACCACACUGCGCCGACCGCAUUUCUAGUACAGAGUGGCUUAACGACGACGAUAUAAACGUACUUCAUUAUUUAGGGUCGAAAUAUCAUCGGCUCGACGACGGUUCGCUGUACAUAAGCGCCGUCAGUACCAGCGAUCGACAUAACCGGUUUUUAUGUCGAGUUCGGGACAAGAUCACUGGGAAUACGUACAGCAGUCAAUACUUUGGUCACGUAAUAGUGACAGAACCAAAAGGAGGCGUAAAGCCGCGCGUGUCUGUGGAACAACGCUCCAGGCGGGUCCGUGUCGGACAAGAUGUCCGUCUGCCGUGUGCCGUUCAUGCGUGGCCUGUGCCCACUUACAGAUGGUUUUUUGAGCACCACGAACAAUUGACACCCAUUGAAGAAACAACGCUUUGGAAACGAGCCCGACUUCUAGACGAGGGUCUCCUUUCCAUACAGAAAGUGAGGCGGGAAGAUGCAGGCAGAUUCGUUUGUUGGUUGAAUAACACGGUCGGCAGCGAGUCAGUCCAUUUCACGCUUAUAGUAACAGAACCUAUAUCCGUCCGUACAAAACCGGAAGUAUUAAGAAGUAAACCAAAAUCGGACAUAGCGUUGGAUUGCAAAGUCAAUGGAAACCCCAUAGAGCUAGUUUACUGGCUCCAUAACGGACGCACUCUUGAGCCUAACGAAAGAAUUGAAAUUCUAGAAGAUGGAUUAAGGUUACAUAUCAAGAAUACGCACAAAGAUGACCAAGGAAUAUAUCAGUGUUUUGCAAGCAACGCCCGAGACCAAGCUUAUGGAAUGUCCGAAUAUUUGUUCGAUGUGUCGGAGAGGUCGCGGGCAGUUGGAAACCGCUCAAGACGUGCUCCUUACGCUCGUAGCACCCACACACACGACACAGACUGGAACUUUACAGGAGUUAGAGAAUCCAAGCCGGAACUGGUGUACUGGUUUUCGGAGCAGACUCUUCAGCCUGGUCCGAGCGUGUCACUCAAGUGCGUGGCCAUGGGACAUCCGCCACCACAGUUCACUUGGUUACUGGACGGCUUUCCGAUACCAACCAAUUCUAGGUUCGUCGUAGGUCAACACGUUACGCUUCAAGACGAUGUUGUCAGUCAUCUUAACAUCAGCCGCGUAACAGAGCAAGAUGGCGGCGAGUAUGCGUGUGUUGCGUCAAAUACCGCGGGAAAAACUUCUCAUGCAGCCAGAGUGAACGUCUACGGACUACCUUACAUACGUGAGAUGCCUAAAGUGACAGCUGUCGCUGGAACAGACUUACAUAUGAAAUGCCCUGUCGCUGGAUAUCCCAUAGAGUCCAUAGGCUGGGAGAGAGAUGGUCAAACUCUGCCAUUAAACCGAAGACAGAAGGUAUUUCCGAACGGGACCCUAAUAGUAGAACAAACUCAAAGAGGAGAAGACGCUGGGACCUACACCUGUAAAGCCUCUAAUAGACAACGCCACGCUGCUAGAAGGGAUGUCGAAGUUCAAAUAUUAGUUCAACCAAAAAUUCUACCAAUACCGGCUAUGACGAACCUGCUUCGUGAAGGGAUGAGGGCAGCGAUUUCUUGCCAAAUCUUAGAAGGGGAUUUGCCGGUCGCUUUUCGUUGGGAGAAAAAUGGACAGCCGAUUACCUCAUCGCAAUACGCGCCCAGCGGGAUUAUCACACGAAGGAUGGACGAAUACAGCGCUUCGCUUGUGAUAGAACAAGUGACGUCACUGCACAGUGGGAACUACACCUGCAUCACGUCUAACGUGGCAGGGUCUGAGCGAUACACCGUCCCACUGACAGUCAACGUACCACCACGAUGGAGGUUGGAACCGAGCGACGUAGCUGUGGCAGCCGGACAAGACAUCACGUUACAGUGUCAGGCAGAUGGGUACCCGAAACCAACUAUCACAUGGAAAAAAGCCGUUGGAAAUACACCCGGCGAAUACAAGGAUUUCAUGUUCGAAGGCAAUUCCAGAGUUUUAGAUAACGGUUCGUUAGUUUUUGAGCGGGUGGCUAAAGAAAGCGAAGGGCAUUAUCUGUGCGAAGCGAGAAACGAUAUCGGCGCUGGACUGAGCAAGCUGAUUUUCAUCAAAGUCAAUGCACCAGCGCGAUUUCCUAUGAAAAGUAAGACAGUACAAGUUACUGCAGGCGAGGCUGCGCAUCUACAAUGUGCUGCAUCUGGAGACGCACCCCUGGAAGUCAGCUGGCGAAGUCCACACCACCACACGAUAGCGCAUCAUUUGGAUCAAAGGUACACGAUUCGCGAACAAGUUCUCGACGACGGCUUGGUAUCAGAGUUAAGCAUUUUACAAACAUACAGACAAGACACAGGAGCGCUCACAUGCAGAGCGUCCAAUGCUUAUGGACAGGAUGAGAUGUUGAUACAUUUAGUUGUGCAAGAGGUUCCUGAAAUGCCAAAAAACAUACGGGUAAUUGAUCAACAAUCAAGGACCAUACAGAUAUCUUGGACUCAACCAUAUGCAGGGAACAGUCCUAUUAUCAACUAUAUUGUGCAAUAUAAAGAAGCUCCAGAAUCGUGGCCAUCAACACCGCAGAAGGUCAUCGUCCCAGGAAGCGUAACGUCGGCCAGUGUUCAAAACUUACAACCGGCGACAUCAUACCACCUCCGGAUAAUCGCUGAGAACCGGCUGGGACAAAGUGAACCAAGUCAACCCGUGCAAGUUACAACUACUGAAGAAGUUCCAAGCGGCCCACCUCAGGACGUAAGGGUAGAAGCUAAAAGCUCUACAGAACUGAUCGUAACUUGGGAACCACCCCAAAGAGAUUUGUGGAAUGGAAAUAUCUUGGGAUAUUACGUAGGAUUUCAAGAGUUAAACAGUAACAGCACAGUUCUAAUCGCCAGCGGCCCAGGAGGUGCUUCAUACACUGUGAGGACAGUCGAGGGCGCUGGUACUGCUCGAUCAAGAACCACUCUAUCUGGUCUUCAGAAGCACGCCGCAUAUGCCGUUGUCGUUCAGGCUUAUAACAGCAGAGGAGCUGGUCCUGCGUCUCCUCCAACAACUGCCACCACCAUGGAAGAUGUACCUAGCCUGCCGCCUGGUGCUCUACAAUGCAAUGCAUUAAGUUCACAAUCGGUCCGAGUUUCUUGGGAGCCUCCUCCUAUGCGUGGGCGAAACGGCAUACUUCAAGGAUAUAGAGUAACUUAUGCCCCUGUGACCGAUUGGUACGGUAACGAAGACGCAGUGACGAAGCAGAUAUCUGGACUACACACGACACUGUCUGGUCUGAGGCGAUACACAAACUAUUCCGUCACGGUCUGCGCUUUCACCGCUGCUGGCGACGGCGUACGGGCAGCACCUGUAUAUUGUCACACAGAGGAAGACGUACCCUCAGCUCCGGCGGACAUCAAAGCAGCGGUUUCUUCUAGAAAUAAAAUAUUGGUUUCAUGGCUGCCACCGUCCUCUCCUAACGGCGUCCUGGUUGGGUAUACUCUUUACAUGAGUGUUAUCGAAGAUGGACGCGAGGAGGGCACCCACAAACGCAUGCUGUCACCGAGUACACUCUCGCACGAAACGUCUCGGUCGCCUCCACGGGCCACUCACCAGUUCUGGGUGUCGGCUUCUACGAGACUCGGGGAAGGAGAAGCCACGAGAGUCGUCACUGUUCUACCUUCCGACUCGGUACCCGCAAGAAUAACGUCAUUCAGCCGCAAUAUCGUAACUCCUUGGAAAGAGAAUAUUUCGUUGUCAUGCAACAAAGUCGGUGUGCCGGCCCCGGCGACCACGUGGACAAUGAACGGCGUUGGCUUGGAGUCAACCCUGAGAAAAAACGUGAGCAGCGAUGGAACACUCACAAUAAGCAUGACACAGUCAGCGGACAGUGGUAAUUACACGUGUUCAGUGGAGAACAAUCACGGUCGGGACGAGGUGACGUAUACCGUCGAAGUGAAGGUUCCCCCCCAGCCUCCCAUACUGGCCGUUGUUGAUUCGUACGCAGACUCCUUGCACCUCCAAUGGAGUGAUCAGGGAGACGGAGGCAGCCCUAUUCUCGGUUACGUGAUCAACUAUAAACGUGAACACGGCGAUUGGGAAGAACUGCAAGUGGAGGCCGGCACUUCGGAGCACGUUCUGCCCAACUUGUGGUGCGGAACGCGCUACCAGCUGUACAUAACGGCCUUCAAUCGUAUCGGAACUGGUCUUCCCUGUGACAUCGUUCAUGCCUAUACCAAGGGCACUGUUCCUGUUAAACCGAAGCAUUCGCAAAUGAUAACUCUGAACACUACGACGGUUACCGUGUGGCUGGACUCGUGGGGUGACGGUGGCUGCGGGAUACUAUACUUCGUCAUUGAAUACAGAGAGAUGAGCCAACCUCAGUGGCGGCUAGUGUCGAACAGUGUGCAGGCGACCGAGCGGGUUUUCAGCGUGAGCGGCCUAACGCCCGCCGCACACUACCAGCUGCGCAUCACCGCGCACAACAACGCCGGACACGCGCUCGCGCUCUACAACUUCACGACGCAUUCGCUCAGUGGCCUGUUAGAUGGAGACCUGUCUCCCCCUAUACCGGCCGCUGGAGCCAGGUCUCUGGGUGGCGCACGCGUCAUUCUGCCGGCAGCCCUGUCACUAUUGGUCUUAGGAGCACUCAUCGCCAUAGUUCUGCUUGUUAAGCGCAACAAGACCGGCACGACUGAGACAGUGGCGACGGAGAGUGGCGUCGGUGAGUCUCCGUCUGUGGCGCAGCUGCAGAACAAGGCGAACCGCGACCAGCAGUACCUCGCCGCCCGCGCCCAGCACCCGCCCCCGCAACACCACUACAAACACGCUUCCAACGAAUACAUAGAAGACAUCUGUCCGUAUGCGACAUUCCAACUGACGAAACCGACAGCUUACAGCGAGAGUAGCUACAGCGGCAACGUGUAUAGCGGCCCUUACCACUCCGUCAGAGGAUCCUUCGUCUACCACGAUCUCAAACAAAAUGAUAAAUAUAAGGGCAAAGAGCCAGAGUACACUAAAGUAAGAAGAAAAGGAACCAGACUCCGAGAUCCGCAUUCCGAGAGCCAAGAGUCGGACAACUUGGGCUCGACGGACUCGGAGGUGAAGAAGAUAUUAACGCUGCACCUGCCCAUUACAGAGUACGAGGACGACGCGAGCGACGACGCCAGCGCGCUCCACUCCGACAGCGAGCCGGCCGCGCGACUCCGACCGGCGCACCCCACUGCAUAUCCAACUGUAGAACGUGAGGAAUCGUCUUCGUCAUCGGAGAACUCGCUCGGCGGGGUCGUGAGGAAGGCUUUUCCCUCGAGGAAAGGGAAGGCGGGUGCGCUCGGCAAACGCCAUGUUAGAUCUUCGAGCGGAUACAGCAGUCACAACGACGAGACCACAUUUAGUAUAUCAAACUACCCGUCGUUUAACGAGCACAUCCAUCCUCCCUCCCGCUUCUCAGACGACACAGAUUGCGAGGGACAUCACCGCCGGAAGAGGGCGCCGCAUCCGCAUCACGCGCCGCACCCAGGCGACCCCAAGAUCACAAGGGAAGCAUUCCAGAUAAACGUAUGAGAUACAUCGAAUAAAACGAGAUAGCGCAUCGAACGACGUCAUUACUUUUUAUACUUCUAAUAAAUUUGAAUAUCUGCGUUGGGAUCUGUUUAGCUAUCGAAGAUAUUCAAGACUAAAAUUUCUUGUUCGAAAAAUGAAGCUAAAUAUCCCAAUAACAAUAAUAAUAUGAUUCCUUACUUCAAAAACCAUUUAGGGUUACCAUGUUUUCAAUCUAAAAGUUGAAUAAAUGAAGGUAGUUGCCAGAAAAAAAACCUAACAUUUUCAAAUACAGUCAUCGAAAGUAUGAUCCUUCGAAUUAGAUGUUAUUUAUGAUAUGUAAGAAGUAUAGGUUGUCGUUGGAUUGUAAUUCAAAUGUUAAAUGGCUAAACAGCCAACUAUUGUCUUUACUAAAAAACAAAAAAAACUAUACGGCCAGAAUAAAGUUGCCAAAUUAAUCCACUUCCAAAAUUAAAAGUUGUGUAAAUAUUACUGUAGAUAGUUAGUCUAGUCAAUGUUUCGUGCUAUGUGUUUAAAGUAUUUUUACUUAAAAAAAUAACGCAACAGUAUUUCACAUUACACUCACAAUAAUUUAAUAACUAAGACACUCGAAGGUUCACCGAAACAGCUUUGUAAAUAAAUAAAAUUAGUAAUUGAUAAUAAACAUUAGGUAAACUAUCGAGUAUGAAAUAAGGAGAACAAUAAUUAAAAUAAAAAAAUAUAUAUGUUUUAAACUUAAUGCCUUAUUGACCAAAGUCUUAAAACUAGUUACAGAUGUAAUUUUAGAAAAUAACCAAUAAUAAAAUACGAAUUGUUUAAUUGUUGUAAAGUUUAUGAAAGCAGAAGCUUUCAUUGACAAGUUUAAUAUCAUUGUCUAUAAUAUUAAGAUUUGGUAUGAAUUAAAAAAAAUCCAAGAUAAUGUUUUAUUCUUAGCAAUGUUAAAGUGCCAAGAAAAUAAAAAUCAACAUACUUUACAUAUUUGUAGAAUUAUAUUUGUGUAUUGUACU